UAUUCCUGCCUGCUCUCCCUCUGAGCGCUUCUACUUCGCUCAGCUCCUGUGAAAACUCUGAGUGUGUGUGUGAACUCCUUGCGCGUGUGUGUUAAGAAGAGUUUUAUGUGUGUUCAUAGGGUUGUGGGUUUUUUUAAGUGGAGCUGGAGAGCAGCCGCUCAUCAGUGGAGCUGACUGCAGACAGGGGAAUACUCAGAUCUCACUGCGCUGCUUUUUAACUCACACACCGGCUGCGUUGUGGACUCUUUUUAGACUCACUGGACUUUUUUGCACCAAAGUGGGACUCUGUUGCUGCUCUCUUUCUGCCUUCCAGCAAUCAUUCUCUUCUUUGGACUUACUCAAGACUUUUUUUCAGUUCUCUGAAAAUAAUUUUGAGAGGAAUUUCUGCUUGCCUCACACUUAAUUUUAUGAAUCCCAAUUUAUGGACUUUUAAGAUUCAACAUCAAUUGUUUCCACCUGCUUCCAGGGGAACAUUUCCAUAUCUGCUCUUUGAAUUUAGAUAUGCACAACCCUGAGAAUGGGUGUUUUCCCUGCACCUAACAAGAGCUCCGUGUUUAGGUGUGCAUACAGCUCUGUCUACACUGUGAGCACAUAAUCGGCAGGAUUUUUUUUUUCUCACACGGACAUUUGUUUUUUUGUAUUGCAAUGGGAGAACUAUCAGUGCAGUACAGCAACUACUGAAAGCUUUAGUGCUGUCAGAAAUAUGUUUGGCUCAGGUGAUCGUUGAUCCUGACCUGGAAUGUUCUGAACCCUUUUGGAAUUCGGUUCCCCUGGAAACUGAUGGACAGGUCUCUGUGCUGAUGUGUGACGUUUUUGUCCUGCCUUGGAUGUGAGAGGUGAACUUGGUCGUCCUUCACCACAGGAGCAGUGGAUCUGCCAAGAAAACUCUUCAGAACCAAGGAGGACAUUAUAAAGAUCACACUGAAUAUUAAGGACUUGAAAGGAAGACUGGACGGGACUGGAUUCAGUCUCUUCUAAAGCUAGCAAGAAGAACAAGAAGAAUCUGUUUGGGGUUUGCAAAUCUGAGCUGGAAAAAGGAGUUUUUUCCAAGUGUGCCAAGAUGAUGACCAUGAUGAUGAUGAUGGCGGCCAUGAUGGUCACCUGCAGCUCUCUGUUCCUGCUGGGUCUAGCCGCUGCCCAUGCCUCCUCCAGCACUAUGAGCCGCAGUUCUUCAUCGUCAUCCCCUUCCCCCUCUUCCUCAUCCUCCUCACCACGUAUGAAGCUCUCAUACAAAGAGUUGCAGCAGUUCCAUGGAGUGAGGCGAUUCGAGCUGGAGCGUUCCUGCUGCUUCAGUGCACUGCUGCUGGAUGAAGAGAGAGGCCGACUCUUUGUUGGGGCCAAGAACUUCCUGCUGUCACUGUCAUUAGACAACAUCGCCAAGCAGGAACACAAGAUCUACUGGCCUGCUCCCGUUGACUGGAGGGAGGAGUGUAACUGGGCCGGCAAGGAUAUCACUUCUGACUGUGUGAACUAUGUGAAGAUUGUGCACCACUAUAACCGCACUCACCUGUACGCCUGUGGGACCGGGGCGUUCCACCCUACCUGUGCCUUCGUAGAGGUGGGACACAGGAUGGAGGAUCAUGUGUUCAGGAUUGACCCCUCCAAGGUUGAGGAUGGGAAAGGAAAGAGUCCUUAUGAUCCUCGCCACAAUGCUGCAUCUGUACUCGUUGGUGAUGAGCUUUAUGCAGGGGUGGCCACUGACUUGAUGGGAAGAGACUUCACCAUCUUUAGGAGCCUGGGGAAACGGCCCUCCAUCCGCACCGAACAGCAUGACUCGCGCUGGCUCAAUGAACCAAAGUUUGUUGGUUCCUUUUGGGUCCCAGAAAGUGAAAACCCUGAUGAUGACAAGGUGUUUUUCUUCUUCCGUGAGACGGCGGUUGAGGCACAGGGGUUAGGAAAGUCCACCUAUUCCCGCAUCGGACAGCUCUGCAGGAAUGACAUGGGCGGUCAGCGAAGCCUGGUGAACAAAUGGACAACAUUCCUCAAGACCCGUCUGAUCUGCUCGGUACCAGGAGCCGACGGCAGUGACACAUACUUUGACGAGCUGCGCGAUGUGUUCCUGCUGCAGACGAGGGACAGAAAGAACCCUCUGGUCUACACUGUGUUUUCUACUUCCAGCAGUGUAUUUAAAGGCUCAGCUGUGUGUCUAUACUCCAUGAAUGACAUCCGGCGGGCCUUCCUGGGGCCCUUUGCUCACAAAGAGGGGCCCAAUUAUCAGUGGGUCCCCUUCCAGGGAAAAGUCCCCUAUCCCCGCCCAGGAAUGUGUCCCAGCAAGACAUUUGGCAGUUUUGAGUCCACGAAGGGUUUCCCAGACGAUGUGAUACAGUUUGCACGUCACCAUCCUUUGAUGUAUAACCCCGUCUACCCUAUGAGCCGACGGCCCAUCUUUGUCAGAACUAAUGUGGACUACAGCUUCACACAGAUUGCUGUGGACAGAGUCAGCGCUGCUGACGGGCAGUAUGACGUCAUGUUUAUCGGCACAGACAAAGGGACAGUACUAAAGGUAAUCAAUGUCCCCAAGGAGAGCUGGAACAACAUGGAGGAACUUCUACUGGAAGAGCUGGAGGUCUUCAAAGAUGCUUCAUCCAUCAUCAACAUGCAGAUCUCCUCAAAACGGCAACAGUUGUAUGUGGGAUCAGACACAGGCAUUGCCCAGGUUCCCCUUCACCGCUGCAGUGUGUAUGGGAAGGCCUGUGCUGAGUGCUGCCUGGCCAGAGACCCGUACUGUGCCUGGGAUGGAACAUCCUGUACUCGCUACCUGCCAAACACCAAGAGACGUUUCCGUCGCCAAGACGUAAGGAACGGUGACCCCAACACCCUAUGUUCUGGAGACCACCAUAAGUAUCGUGUUGCAGAGAGGAAGCUGUAUGGAGUUGAAGGAAGCAGCACUUUCUUGGAGUGUAUCCCCAAAUCCCUGCAGGCCAAAGUCACCUGGACCUUUCAGAAACAUCCACAGAACCCACGUGAAGAGGUGCGUCCAGAUGACCGCAUCCUCCUGACAGACAGAGGUCUUCUGAUUCGCCGGGUCCUAAAGAGAGAUAUUGGCAUCUACCAGUGCCACGCCAUGGAACAUGGCUUCACGCAAACCUUACUGGGCAUUACCUUGGAAGUUGUACCUUCCACAUCCUCCUCAACCUCCAAUCUACCCUCUGAUUCCCCUGUCCGAUUAGACCCCCGCAGUGGAGGUGCGCACCCAAUGACCAAUCAAAAGUUUUGGUACCGGGACUUCAUGCAGCUGGUCGACCACCCUAACCUGAGCACAGUCGAUCAGAUUUGUGAGCAAGUUUGGGCACGUAAAAAUUCCGGCAUUGACCAAGUGGAUAAGAGCUUUCCUGCUCCAGGGAAGGACGUCCCAGCUCUGGGCCCUUCUGUCCGCCCAGCUAACAAGAAAUGGAAGCAUCUUCAGGAGAUAAGAAAGGGGAGAAACCGCCGGACCCACGAUGGGAAACCGAACCCUCGGGCACCUCGCAGCGCAGGAGAGUAACACCUUGGAAUAAAGUGCGCAGGGAGAAAAGAGUAACUGAUACAAGGAGAAAGGAAGCAAAUGAUCGAAAGUGACUGAGAGACCAUGAACUCUGGAGGUGUUCAUACAUACAGAUACACCCACACACAUAAAAACACAUGUGUGCGCACAGACACACACACAAACACAAACAGCACCUCCUCUAUUAUGUAUAUUUAUCUAUGGAUGCCCCCACUAUAUGGUACCCCAAUCCUUGAGUCCUCGUUCCAUUGGCCAGCCCUAGCAUGUACUGCCUUACCCACCAUAUUGAUUCUGCACGCUCCCUUUACACUGUUCUGUUAAUGUAGUUGAGUGUACAAGCAGGUACAUGGGAAUGAAUCUACCUUUAUCUUUGUGCAUUAAAAACAUACACUCGCUUGUCAUUCCUUUACCACUGACUGUAAAUGGAUGGUGGAUGAUCACAGUGCAGUGAUACCAUAUCGUUUGUUGGGUAUUAAAGUUUGCCUACUACAUGUCAGCUACACAAGGUUUGUAGCUGGAUAAAUGUUCCCAGCCACUCUGCUACACCACUCAGAGCAAAAACAGCCCCAGGUUUUGGACGAAUUCUCCUCACAACUUUUCUUACCUGAGGAUUUCAUACCACUGUAGAAAAAUGUCGGACAAGAGUGAGGUUCAUAAUAGGAAGGAAUGGAGAACUGGAAUAUACUGGAAAGUAAUGAUCUCUAACUGGAAACGCAUUUAACUAGGUACAAUUGCACAAGCAUGCAGACAAACAAUUUUUUUUCAUUAUUUCUAUAUAAACAGAUGAAUUAAUCCACUUCCUGUUGUGCUCAUUUCCAGUAACCUCACUUUUCACAUGGUUUCGUGUGCAUAUUACAAAAUGCAGUCACUGAAUAUGUAGAGAUACCAGCAGUGUGGGGCAGCCUGUGGUACAGAUCAGCAUGUUGCAGAAGUGGUUAUAUUAUAUAUUAGGUGUCAUAGCAGUUUCCGUAGGCACAUAGAUACAUGUUGCAGCAAAAAUAAAUCUCACAACACAAUGCAGUCAUGGUUAGAGUGCAGUCAUAUCUCAGCAGAUAUGACUGAAUUGUGUUACUGGUCCAAACCACUAGAGAAUGAGGAGUGGAAAAACUACUGGCAUUCCAUGAUGUGACAGAAAGACGAGAUGUUGUACAGUGCACAGACAAAGCUGGAACACAAAGAAGUCAACCUCUAAAAGCAAAUACGAGAAUUACAUUUGAACAAGUUUUAGCGUCUUGUGGCAUCUUAAACACAGAAAUAUUGUAUCAGUAUUCGGGAGUUCAUAUUCAAACAGUUUUGAGGUAAUCCAAAAUUUCACUCUAAAAUUUGUUACUUAUUGGUUUAAUUUCUGACUUUCAUGAUGCAUUAACAUUAAAGAGAUGUCAUGAACAUGAUAGUUUGGGUGGGAAGCAUUAAUACUAUGACGAGGAAGAGGAAAGAUAUUAGUGGACUGUAGUAUGACAACCCACGUUUCUGGGCUACAGUGCAGUACAUAUAUAUAUGAGCAUGAUAUUUAUCAGUUUUUUGUACUCUAAGUGGUACUUCUACUCCUUGCUCUUUUACACUGUUCUUGCAUAUGUUGUUUGUGAUAAUGAGAUAUAUGCAAUUAAUAUGAAAUGAGUGAGUCACCGACUCCUCAUUCAGCACAGUAAAAUGCACAGAAAGCUGUUCUCCUGUGACACCCACAAUGCAUUUUACUGUUUGCAAAAAACAAACAAACAGCAACUUUCCAGCUGACAUCAUAUACUGUUUGAAUCACUUCUCAACGUAGUGUUACAGUCAUUAACACGAUUGACUUCUGCUGCUUAUCGAUGUCAUCUCUUCCUAUUAGACAAUAUGGUCUUCCUUCUCUCUCUUUAGUCUGAUCUCUCUCUGUGUAUUAUCUGUAAAGAAACCUUGUUUGUUGUCUGUGCUAACAUGGUGUUUGUAGCCUGCCCCCUAGUGUCUAUUGUGUUUACAGGCUCAGGUGAGGAGCCUACCUGUAUCAUAGUCUAUCCAUGUGAAAGAGCGCAACUGGCCUUGUAAGAUAAAUUAAUGUUUUUCGCGCUUCUGCCACACAUUCUCAGAAGUAUCAUUGGUUAAAUGAUUUUCAAUAUACUGAAAUUGGCUAAGCUUGGCUGCGGUAUUUUCAUUAAUUCCCAUAGUCACUAAUAACAGGAGGCGGCACAAAUUAGGUCAGUGGAUGGAUUUUAGAUGUCAUUAUUUAUAUACCCUCUUUGAGAUGUUAUUAACUCUUUAAACUGAACUGACUGACUCCUAUAAAAAGGGACACUUAUUGUGACGCCACAUCCAGGAUUGACAGCAAAAAGAAGGAGUUUAAAAUGUCCGAAAAUGCUGCCCAUCUACAUACGUUUGCAUUUAAUCUGCCUUUAAACCACAGAACUAACUUAGUUAAUUCACUGAAUGGAGAUUAAAUUUAUUAGUUGUAUACUCCUUUUUCUUUAUUAAGAAAUGAUUUACAUUGGUAGUGAUGUCAAAUUUGCCUGAGUCUCCCUUUUAAGGCCGCAGUUGUUUUGUGCUCUUUUGAAAUUGCAUGACCAAUGUUAGUGGCUAACGCGUUUGACAAUGGUGCAGUGGCAAGAAAGAGCGAGGGAAAGAAAGCACAAUGUUGAAUAUUAUUAUUAUUAUUAUUAUUAUUCCUGUGUAUUUAUGUGCAAAGAUAAGCUGUUGUGGUGGAAUUUUAUUUUUCUUAUAAUUGUAGAUUUACAUCUGUAUUGUUAAUAUUCUGCUGAAAAGGAUUCAUCCUUGACUUUUUUUUUUUUUUUCUCCUUUUUGGACAUUACAGCUCCCCCUCUGAACGCAGUGUCCUGUUAGCGUCUUUGUUGUUCACACAGCCCUCCACCCCUGUUGUAUCCCAUGCCAUGUGAUGUGACGCACCCCUGUACGAUAAUUCACAAGGAGAGGCUUGUGUAUGUGUAUGUGUGUGUGAGUGAGAGAGAGAGAGAAAUGUGUGCUUGUGGAUUGUGUGUCUGUUUUGGGGUAAAGCAGAGCUCUGUAUAUAAUGGCAAAGGAGUGUGUGUGUGUGUGUGUGUGUGUGUGUGUGUGUGUAGAACGGUCUGUAGGUGAAAGUUCAAACGUCGAAGGCCAAAGUUAAUGUGGUGCACUGUAAUACUCCCAGAGGUCUUUGUGAAAUGUUAUGUCAGAUUGUUUUUGAUUAACACAAUAAAAAUAUGCAGUUACUUUAAAAUAAAA